UGUUGAAGACCUUGAGCCGGUUUUCAAGGAGUUCGGCCGGCUCAAAGAUGGUAAUUAUCACUUUCGUAUACUAUACCGAUAGAGAAUCCUGGAAUUGGAGAAGUUUACGCCAGUUUACUACCUUGUUUUUAGUAUACAUACCUAAAGACUUCUAUACUAGGGAACCAAGAGGAUAUUAUGAUGAGCGUGACUGUGAAGAAGCAUACAGACGUGCUAACAUUUCAUUACACGGUCGACAACUUACUAUAGAAUUUGCACGCGGAUCAAGAAAAACCCCUCGUGAAAUGAGAGGCAAAGAUGGCAAUCGAUAUUCGCCGCCUAGGCGUGGGAGAUACUCUACUCCCGAAAACUCUUAUAGACCUAGGAGGUACAGUCGCAGCCCUAGUCGAAAUCGUAGCAGGUCUAGGUCGGAUUAUAAAAGACACGAUGACGAAGAAGAUAGAAGGCGUAGUGGUCGAUAUAGAUCUCGUUCUAGGUCAACUUCUCGUACUCCACCAGAACGUCGUAAAAGGUCAGAGCAA